CACAAGCGUCUAGUCAUACAGACUAAAAUAAACACGCAGGCUUAAGUCAAAAUAAAAAUAAAUAAAUGGUAAAAUGAAUAAGAAAAAAAUGGAAGAGAAACUUCAUCCAAGUGACCCAUUGUAUGUGUAUCAAGAACAAUGAUGAAAUGAUUUCGCAUGCAUGUGGAGAGAUGAGACGCAGGAGGAUUUUCGCUGUUAAGCUGAUUGGAGUGUGUCUAAUUUGCUUUCUGAUAGUAAAUCCUGACUAUCUCAACAUGCUUACUUUAUUUUCAUCACCACAUUACCAUCAGUUGAGUCCAGGCUUGGCACAGCAUAGAAAAGGAGAAAAAUUGACAUACAGAUUGGAUAAGUUGAAAGAUGAUCAUGGGAGUUUCAUUAGGAAAGUGUUCGCACAAAAUUAUCCAAGUGCACAGAAAACAUCUUGCUCCAUCCCGCACCUGAAGAAUGCUUUAAGAAUUCCUGAAACUGCAAGUCCCGACUGUAAGCGUAUCAAGCCAGAUUUGGAGUCGUGUAAAAUUGCCCAGGAGAAGUUUGUCAUUGACAAUGCUGACAGAGCUUGUGAGAGUGGGAUGGCUGUACGAUAUUGUCAGAUAAAGGACACAGAAAGUGGAUGGAAUGUGGAAUGUCCCAUCGCUUGCGACCAUACCUGGUACCUGGGUGCUGUAGACCUAGCUACUGGGGAUACAAGGUGGACCACCCAGGAAAGCUUGGCCCAGUUACAGGACAAUAUCAGGCUGUUGCUUACUCAGGAAUCUGCUGGGUACUGCCUCAUUCAUUGCGGGGAAGAAAUGGCAGAUGAUUACAUUAAUGACUUCUCCACAGCUGAAUAUCAGAUUUUAAAUCUCCCACCGUUUGUAACUAGAAAUGAAGAGAGACAAUCAGAUGAGUCUAAAAUGAUAAAUUUUAAUUUUGUAUUUAUAGAUUCUGUUUCAAGACAUCAUUUUUUUCGAAUGCUACCUAAAACUACUGAUGUUUUAGAUGAUAUUAAUGUUAGAGAGAGCAACAAUAAAGACAUGGUUGUAGACUUCGAACUUAUUCAAGGUGUAAAGUCAAGAACAUUCGAAAGUCUGCAGACAUUAUUCAGUGGGGAAAUAGAUCCUUAUUCAAAACCAUUUGGCAUACAGGCAAUGCCCAAAACUAUUCUUAAAAUACAUAAACUAUUAAGGCCAUUUAAGGCUCUUGACUUUAAAACGCUAUGGAUGGAGGAUUUGUGCCCAUUUUGGGAAUGGGGGAUAUCUAAGGACCUUUUGGUAUAUGACAAAUUUCUUGAAAACUCAGAAUUGUGGCAAAAACUUUCAAAGACGUUGAAAAAAUCCCAUAUUGACAGUUUUGGCAACACUCAUGCAAGUUGUAGAAUAUUGAAUCGCAAUGGUGUGCCUGAUCCAUUUCAUGGUCCAGAAACCGUGUGUUACAAUGGGAUGCAUCACCACGAAUAUCAACUUGAGUAUUUGACUUUGUAUCAGAAGACACUGCAGAAACAUUCACAGAAUUUCUUCUCAUUUUUCGAGACAAAUGUGGGUCACGAGGACACUGGUUUACGUACCAAGUACCUAGAUUCAAGUUUGUCAGAAUAUUUGAAAUUUGUACGAGAAAAUCUGAAAUCCACUUUAACUGUGAUAUUCUCAGACCAUGGCAAUGCGUAUGGCCCUUAUAUUGAGGAUACAGCUGAAGGCAGAUUAGAGACAUAUCAGCCAUUUUUGUUCAUGAUCAUUCCAGAACGAGUGCAGUCUUUGUUCACUAGAUCUCAGUUAGAUGCCUUGAUUGUCAACCAGCAACGACUGGUGAGCAUGCUGGACGUCCAUUAUACCAUAAAGUACAUCAUAAUGCAGCUGUCUCCAAGUUCUGCAGGACAGAACUCGGUGUCAGAAUUCAAUAAGCAAUUCAAUGUUACGGAGUAUGGUCUGUUCAAGGAAGUUUCCCGGCACCAAACUUGCAGCCUGAUUCCUAGGGUCAUGCCUAAUCUGUGUAUAUGUGAAGGUUACGAUGUGCCCUCUGACAACUAUGCCUACCAUUACCUGCUGGCCCAGUACUUUGUGGGCAUGAUGAACAAUGAAAUCUUGGCUCAAAGGUCAAGGUCACGAGGAGUGACCCCGGUGGGAGGAUUUGGUCGGUGUCAUCGGAUGAAGGUUCAGUCUGUGAAAAAUGUGCAGCUCAGCAAUUUCAAUGAAAAGACUAAGCUAGCCAGAAUGGACCUAUAUGUGACAACACCGGGCCAGAAUCAGUCUGAAAUAUUUUUCAUCACCCUCUACAUAACAGACAAAAACAUCAGCACAGGAGCAUUCGAGAGAAUCACACCCUAUAGUACAUACUCAAAGUGUGUGGAUAAUGGGGUAGAGCUUCAGUUGUGCAUCUGUGAUAAAAACACUGCCCAACUGGCUGAUAAAAACACCACCUUAUUGUUGCAUAAAAACACUGCCCGAAAGACUGACAAAAUCACCGCCUUAUUGUCUAGUGGUGGUCAGGGGACCAAUAGAUCUCAACAUUUACGUGAUGGCAUAAUAUCAACUGGUAGCCAUAGUGAUAGUUUUAUAAGUGAUAAAUUUCUACAUUCCAGAGGUCAAAAUGAUACAAAUCGGUUCUUGCAAGAUUUAACCCACACUGGUAUGAACAUUUCGAUAGUUUCCAAUAAGGAAAAAAAAUGUUUAUAUUUGAUAGAACAGUCCAAUUACUUUGGUGUUAUGUAUGAUGUAGUAAAUCUAUGCAGACAUUCUGUAUCAUUUACAUAUGAUGUAAAGUCAAGAAAUCUCAAAUUGAUGUCAUCAUCGUUAACGAAAGUAACAUUAUUACCUGGUGAUAUCAAAUGUGUCCAUGUUGGUGUGAUGAUAGAUACUGACAAGGUAUGGUCUUCAACAUUCCACUUCCAUAUUUAGGGCUUCUGUAUUUGUUUAUUUAAAACAAGUUGUAUUGUGAUACCCUUGGUGUUGGAUAAGUAUUAACAUCAGAGUGCAUUUGUUUCAACCUUGGCCAUUUCUCAAAAAAUAUUUAAGAUAAUUGACAUGAAACUUAGGACACAUGUUGCCAGAGAAAACACACUGUUGAAAGGCCCAUAACUGGUUUUAAUGAUCAUUUAGUUAUGCUCCUUGAUUGACCGAAAACCCCACAUCAGACAAGCAUUGAGAUCUCUUCGUUGUGCUCUUGAGAGUUGUGAUAUAUGCUGUAUAUGAAUGGUCAUAUCAUGUAUGCAAUUUAUCCUAUUGGAUACAGUUGUGGGUUCCAAAUUGUGUUCUAAUCUGUCUCUAGUCAUACACCUCCAUUGACAUUUAACAAUAAAUCAUGUGUAGCAAUGCUGAAAUAUUUGAGUUGCUUCCCUUUAUCUAGUGAGAAAAAAAUAAACAUAAACUGGUAAUCAGAUUUAUUUUCUGAUAAAUAUAACGUGAGGUUUGUGUUUGUCAUAUCCUUUAAAAUUGUAUUUUAUUGCUUUCAAAUUUCUAAUUUGAUGUAUUAAGAUGUGUUUCAGCACGUAAUUGAAUUGCAAUGCAAACAAUGCAUAUUACUUUAGUUAGUGCCAGCAAUAUUUCCAACAUGCAUAUUGACUCUCCCAAUGUUUCCAGAGGGGGAUAGCAAAUCCUUUCAACUGCAUUCAAAAGCUGAUGAAUGCAGCCUCUGAUAAUACAACCCAGAGGCUUGUGAUGAGUCAAAUGACUUUUAAUUCCCACAAUACUUUUAUAAAAGUUUGUGUAUAAACAUAUUCAUAAUUUAUUGAUCUUCUUAUAUUUUUGUAUUAAUUUAAAAAAAAAAUGUAAUUUUGAAUUUGCACUUGUACUGCUUGUUAUGGAUAAGUAUAUUAAUAUGAUUUUAUAUGCAAGAAAAAUCUACUCUUUUUUUCAAGUACACACCAUUAUUAAUUGUACCCCUACAAUUGUUAUCAAUGGUUAUGUGUUCUGUUUAUUUCAUUGAGAAUAAUUGUAAUUAAACUUUGAUGAAAUUAAAUUAAUAAUUAGUAAUUGAUUUUCUUAGGAUUUUUUUCUUACCGGUACUAUUAUAUUGUAGAUCUGUUUUAGUCAACAUCAAAGUAGCAUACAAACUUCACAACUCUGCAUAUGUAGGUAGAAAGAUAAAUUGAAAGAUUGAUAGAAGAUAGACUAUUUUUUUUACAUUUGCGUUCACAUUUUUUAUAUGGAGUGUUAUCAUGACCAUUCUUGCAGUAAUUAAGCUUAAAUGAUGGGAAAAGGAAACUUAUAAGUUUGAAGAUAAUUAAAAGUUAAAAUGAUUAUUAUUACACUGUAUAAUAGUAUUAAGAAUAUUAAUUUUUAUGUUAAAAUUCAUUUCCCAACAUUCCAUAGUUUUAUGUUAUAUGAUAUGAUAUCAUGGACCUACAUACCCAUAAUCCUGUGGUUAUAGGUCCUCCAUGAUAUGAUGUAAUAUGAUGUGAUAUCUUGGACCUAUAUACCCAUAAUCCUGUGGUUAUAGGUCAGUGGUGAUAUGAUAUGAUAUCAUGGACCUACAUACCCAUAAUCCUGUGGUUAUAGGUCCUCCAUGAUAUGAUGUAAUAUGAUGUGAUAUCAUGGACCUAUAUACCCAUAAACCUGUGGUUAUAGGUCCUCCAUGAUAUGAUGUAAUAUGAUAUGAUAUCAUGGACCUACAUACCCAUAAACCUGUGGUUAUAGGUAUGUGGUGAUAUGAUGUGAUAUCAUGGACUUAUAUAUCCAUAAACCUGUGGUUAUAGGUCCUCGGUGAUAUGAUGUUAUGUCAUCUUCCUAUAUACCCAUAAACCUUUCUUUAUAGGUCCGUGGUGAUAUGAUGUGAUAUCAUGGAUCUAUAUUCCCAAAAACCUGUGAUUUUAGGUCCUCCAUGAUAUGAUGUUACAUGAUGUGAUGUCAUGUUCCUAUAUACCCCAAAAUCCUGGGGUUUAUAGUUCCAUGGUGAUUUAAUGUUUUAUGCUUUAAUAUGAUGUUAUAUAAUGUAGAUAUAUGUACCUCACUCUGUUAUUCCACCUUUUGACAAUCCUACACGUGUUUUAUUGCUAUUUCAAAUUGUAUGGUGUUUAAAUGUAUAUAAAACCAUAUAUUUUGUAUCUUCAUACUUGUAUAUUUUUGUGAACAAAAUAUUUUUGAUAGACAAUGUUAUAUGAUAUGUUAUGUAAGUUGUAAUGUAUUUAAUUAAGCCUUACUUUCUGUAGUGUUUAAGCUGCUGUAUGAGAAUGCUGCUCAAUACAACUUGAUGUACAUUAGACAGGGCUGGUAUUCAUAAUACAUCUUAAGUCAUUUCUUAACUUCAGUCGAUUUCUUAACAUUUUCUUAGACACAUAAGAAGAAAAGUAUAAGGUUGUUUUUUGUGUUUUUUAAAGCAUCUAUUUUCAAUAAAAACAAUGAAGACAAAGUGUAUUAGAUAAUAUUAGGUUAUUUAUAUCAUAUGAGCAUGGAGAUGCUAAACUUAGGAAAUUGACUUAAGAUAGGAAAUGACUCCAUAUGUUUUAUGAAUACCGGCUAGGGCUACAAAAUAUUUUUGAUGGGGGAAAUGAUUUAGUUAUUGGGGGUAGAGGAAUGACAAUAUAUUGUUUUUAAAUGAUAUGAUAGUAGAUUACAUACUGUACUCGAUUUAUUUUAGACAAUGUAACAUUGGUAAUAAAGCAAUACAUAUAUCCA